AUGGCCGAUGAUCUUGAAGGGGAAGAAGAUGAACGAACAGUCGAAUUAGCGUCGCUCGCUGCUAUAUACCCUGAGUUGGUGCUAGAUGAACCAGGUUCAGAUCCCUUUUCUGCAACCAUCUCAAUCGAAGUUGAACCCGUCGAACCUUUAUCGAUACGGUUCCCAUCCGCUGAUGGUGCACCUCCAGUCGGGCCGCUUACCCCUCCACACUCAGUUAUUGAAGAGAUCUCCCAGCUGGAGAUUGAAGAAAAUGGGGUUGCUCCCCCUACAAACGAAGACGUUUACCGGAUAUCACACCUGCCAGCCCUGAACCUACGACUCUCCCUGCCUGAAGGAUAUCCGGCCGAGAAGCCGCCAGUGUUCUAUCUGGAAUCGCAGUAUUCGUGGCUUCCGGAGCAAAAGUUGCAAGAGCUCAGAGAAGCGGGUCACUCACUAUGGGAGGAGUUGGGCAGGGACCAGGUGGUCUUUUCGUACAUUGACCAUCUGCGAGAGGCGGCGGAGAGGGGAUUCGAUAUGGCUCAGGCUGAUGACCAAGUGCUGGAAGUCUCGCCUGAUCUCAAAGUGUCGCUUCUCGAUUUCGACCUGAAUGCCAAGCGGGCAAAAUUCGAGCGGGAGACCUUCGAGUGUGGCAUUUGUCUAGAUGCUAAGAAAGGAAUCGUUUGUCACCGCCUUCUACUCUGCGGGCACGUCUUUUGCGUACCGUGUCUCCAAGACUACUACAACACCUGCAUAAUUGAAGGUGAUAUCGGAAGCGUCAAGUGUAUCGCGCCUGACUGUGGCAAAGAACCUAGAGUAGGCCUGGCAGCCGAUCAGAUCCAGCCGAAGAAGGGAACGAAGGACAGCACGCUUGAACCAAGCGAGCUUUUACAAAUCCCAUUAGAGCAGGAUACAGUCCUACGUUACAUCAAAUUGAAGAGGAAGAAACGCCUCGAAUCUGAUAAAAGGACAGUCUACUGCCCUCGCCAAUGGUGUCAAGGACCAGCUCGUACCAGCAAAAGCAAACCCGAUCCAGGGGGAGAAACCGAGGGCACAGACGAGACCGAGGAGCCUCAGACCUAUGACCGCAAUGGCCCCCCAGAGAAGCUACCUCCACCGGCUGAACGCCUCGCAAUCUGUGAAGAUUGCAACUUCGCUUUUUGCAAAGUCUGCAAAGCAAGCUGGCACGGCGAAUACUUCACCUGCUUCCCACGCUCCCAAUUCGAACUGACAGCCGAGGAAAAAGCAUCUGAAGACUACAUGAAGCUACAUACACAACCGUGCCCUACAUGCGAUGCCCGAGCCCAGAAGACGCAUGGAUGCAAUCAUAUGAUCUGCUUCAAAUGCGAUACCCACUUUUGCUAUCUCUGCGGGGCUUAUCUCGACAAAGCCAAUCCAUACCAACAUUACAACACCGUGAAAAGCGGCUGCUACAUGCGCUUGUGGGAGUUGGAAAGGGGCGAUGACGGGGAAUUUGGACUUGGAUUCGGUGGUGGGCUGGAUGGAUUACCUUUUGAUGUCGACGAUGAUGAGGAUGAGGAUGACGACCCUGCUCCUGUGCCAGUCGCUGCAGUCGCUGCACAAUUUGUACCACUUGCACCACUCGCGCCACCUGUACCAUUUGGACCGCCAAGGCCUCAACCCCCUGCCAUUCGGCCUGCUCGAGGUCGCGAUCCGGGUCUCCAACGGUUCUUGAUGAUGGCCCGCGAUGAUGAGGAGGAUGAGUGGGACAGUGACGACCUUUCUGACAUCUCGGACGACGAGUGGGACGAUGAUGCGUAA